AUGGACGGCAAGGAUGGAGGCAGGGAAGGGCUUCCCACUUCUGCGCACGAACUGGACACAAAUCUAUCGUCGCCACGCUCGCACGUGUCCACCAGCCCGCGCCGCUCGUCCAACAACUCGCCCGACUCAGCCGCGGGCAAGGUGGAGCUCACUUUCAGCUCGGUGCCCACCCUCCCCAUGCUCGAGUUGCCCAAAGGCAAUGCCGACAGCUUCAACGGCAAGUAUGACUACUCGAUCGCUGUCGACAAGCCCUUUGCCUUCGACACUCCCAGCGAUGAAGAGCUGACCAACUUCCGCAUGCACGUGGAGCCCGAUGACUUUCUGAGCAGCAUACCCGAGCCAGACACGGGCAUCUUUCCCGAGGAGUUCGACCGUGAGAAAUUCGAGAAGGUCGCGGGCAACAUCAGCUGCUUCAGCUACGUCCCGUAUGUGUUCAUGUCUCCUGUCGCGCCCCUUCGUCCGCCCGACCAGUUCGAAGAGGCCGAGAAGUGCGAGGACGUCAACGAAGUAACGAGGAAGAAGAAGGCCGCCGACGGCCGGGUCACCUUCAUCAAGAUAACCGACGUUCAGCUGGGUUCGAAAGUGCUCAAGUCCCUCGGCAAGUCUAUAUCGCAAUACGGUGGCUUGAGCGUGUUAAUUCUGCGCUCGCUCAAGCUGCAGAAGCUGGACGACUUUGUAUUGCCCAAGCUCCAAUACGUCGAUCUCUCCCAGAACCUUCUCAAGACGGUCAAGGCCUGCUUGGCCAUGUUCAAGCAUUCCCCCUAUCUCGAGAUGAUCAAAUUGCAGGACAACCCCGUCACGAGCAAGCCAAGCUAUAGAUCGAAGGUGAUCGGCAACUGCACUCUGUUCUUGAAGGCGCUGGAUGGCCAGCGCGUGGAGAUCCAAGAGAGGAUCCAGGCCAUGAUCACCUACGGCCCCAAACAGGUCAAGAACACCACAGGCCCCGUCCAGUGGGACCUCAGCUUUGUCGCCACGCCCGAAGUCAACGCGAUGAAGACGUGGCAGCCCUCGCAGCUGGUCAUGCUCACGUUGCCCAGGCAGAACCUGACCUACUUCAACGUGGGCGGGCUGGUGAACCUCGAGUACUUGGACCUGUCGAGGAACGCGAUCAGGGAAAUCCGGGGCAUGGGCCUCGAGAAGUGCCACGCUUUGCAGCACCUCAACCUCAAGCAGAAUCUGAUCGCGAAGCGCGAAAACCUCAAGGUGUUGGGCUUCCUGCCCUGCCUGCAGUACCUCAUGCUCAAGGGCAACCCGGUGACCAAGGCACCCGACUACCGACUGACCGUCACGUUCGAGACGCGGUAUCUGCGGGGCUCCAACAGGACGACGGGUCUGGUCGAACUAGAUGAAGUUCCAAUCACCAUCGACGAGAGGAUAGCGGCGCUCGAGGCCAACAAGACGAGUAUCGACAUCCCUAUGUGGCGGUGGAAGUACAUGAUCAUGCAAACCUUUGGCCACAUGCAGAUCAAGACACCCGACGUCGUGUCGAAGAUCAAGUCGCUCUCCUAUCCGAGGAGCCGGCUGACUGUAGUCGAGCUCUCCGGCUUUACGUCCGUCGAGUUGUUGGACCUCAGCAAGAACAGUCUCAAGGACGUCACUGGGCUGGAGUGUUUGCACAAGCUCCGAUUCCUCAACCUGUCGGACAAUCCCAAGCUCAAGUGGAAGGCCGUUCUGUCGAAGCUGAGGAAUGUCACCACCCUGGAGAAGGCCAACCUGUGCGUCACCAUGGAGGGCCACCCGCGACAGGCCGACAACAAAAAGUACCGCGCGUACGUACUCAAGGAGCUCCUCCUCAACAAUCCGGACCUGUUUGCGGUCGACGAGGUGCCCAUCACACCGGCCGAGCGAGUGGAGACCUUUCGAUCGAUGAAGGGCGUCAAGUCCGAGAAGGCCGAGCACUAUCGCUUCCUCCUGGCCGUCAACAUCAACUCCACCCAGCCGACCAACAGGAAGUACCACCCGGAGGCCGUUGCCGUGGGCAAGCAGUACGACCCCGCCAAGGUGACCAGUCUGCUCCGCCUGCACAACAUGGGCAUUCAAAUGGCGAACUUCAGCCCGUUCGAGAACCUGGAGGAGAUCAACCUGGCGCGCAACAAGCUCACCGAUCUCACCACGAUCGGACUUCAGAGUCUCAAGAAGCUCAAGGUGCUGGACGUAUCGUUCAACCAGCUCUCGGGCUCUCUGAAGAGCUUGGCAGCGUUCCUGGAUACGCUCAAGACGCUGGAGUGUCUGUCGAUCCGUGGCAACCCGAUCGUAAAGAACUUCCCCGAGGACCGCAAGCGGCUCAUCUCGCUGAUGGGCAACAUGAAGGAGGUCAGCUGUCGGCUGCAGGUGAUCGACAUCCAGAUCUCCAUCUCCGAAAGGAUCGAGGCCUGGAAGAAGUGCACCGCGCCCAAGAAGGGCUUCACCCUCCGCAAGUCGACCGCGCCCGCUCCCGAGCAGCUGUCGCGCUUCCGGAUGGAGGCCAUCAUCUUCCAGCGCAUUCCCACCAACGUGCCCGCGAGCCAGCUCAAGACACUGGACCUGCAUGAGUGCGCGUUGGCCUCAUUCGACGUGACCAAGUUCACCAACCUCGAGAUGCUGCUGAUGCGAAAGAACGACGUGCGCACGCCGAGCGACAUCGCGGGACUCAUGGAGCUCAGCCACCUGCGCGUGCUCGACCUGAGGGACAACUGCUUCGAGAAGCUCGAGGACUUCGUGAGCAUCGUGAACAGCAUCGCCUCCCUCGUGGCCAUCGGCCUGCGCGGCAACAAGUGCACUGUGGCCAAGGACUAUCGCACCAAGUUCAUCGCCCAGCUGCCGCAGCUGCACGAGUCGCGAUUCCGCCUCGCCAUGGUCGACAACAUGCCGAUCACCAUCGACGAGAUCUGCAGCGUCUGGAAGGCACCCAAGGGCAUGACCGCACGCGAGAAGUUCUUCCACGUGCUCAUCCUCCGCAAGACCCCCGACGACGUGCCGUUCUAUGAGGUCAAGGAGCUCGACCUCUCCCUCUGCGGGCUCACCAACGUCGACCUCUCCAAGUUCUCGGGCCUCGAGAAGCUCAGCCUCCGGGGCAACUCGCUGGACGCGGCCAAUCUCCUCGACUCGCACGUGACCGAUCUGGAGCACCUGACGGCGCUCGAUGUGAGCGACAACAACAUCUGCGACUUUGGCGCGUUGAUCACCAUCGCGUCGUCCCUGCCCGCGCUUGAGUACUUCUCCUGCAGCGGCAACCCGUGCUUUCCCAACAACGAGCCGCUGCUGCGAGUCAACCUCAUCUUCAAGCUGCCCAGCAUGAAGGCGUUGGGCGCGCCCCUCAAGCUCCUCAACGGGCACGAGAUCUCUAUCGACGAGCGGUGCACUGCUGUGGAGAGGGACCCCUACAUCAACAUCGAGAACUUCCGCAUGGACCUCCUGUUCGAGAAGAUGGGGGUCGACGAGCAGGAGCGGGACCAGGUGCUCCGGGUCCAGGAGCUCGAUCUCAACUACUUCAACCUCUCCUCCCUGCGUCGGCUGCAGCCCUUCUCCAAGCUCGCGUUCCUCAUCGCCAGCCACAACCACCUCAAGAGCCUCGAAGAGGAGGUGUUCUUCAACCUUCCGUGCCUCACCUACCUCGAUCUGCAGCACAACGACAUCGAGGACAAGGGCGCCAAGCUCCUGGCCGUCUUCUCCCGCAUGCCCGCUCUCAAGGCGCUCUUCAUCAGGAAAUCGACCAAGGACAAGAGCAAGACCGCCAAGCCCAAGCAGUACCUGAAGAGGGUGUGCUCAGUGGUACGGCAGAUCGAACUCCUGGACGGUCUGCCCAAUCCCUUCCAGGCAACCGGCCCGAGCGGCUCCGGCAUCCACGGCUUCAACGGGGUCGGCGGCCCGCCGCCGCUCAUGAUGAACCCGGGCGGCAUGCUCGCGCCGCCGCCCGGCGUGCAGCCCAUGUACCCCAUGGGCGGCGUGCCCGACCCGCAGAUGCAAUUCGUGCCGGCGGGCUACCUGCCCCACAUGGCGCCCAUGGUCAGUAACGGCGGCUACGCCGAACCGCCGCAGGGCGACGGCUUCGGCCAGCAGGUGACCCCGCCAUGGUUCGGCGGCGGCCUCUCGUCGACCUUCUCCAAGGUCGUCGGCUCUCCGGUGAAGACUCGCAGCAAUGGCUUCGCCCAACCGCCGACGGACGUGGAAGAGGAGGAGGACGAGGAAAGCCUCUCGAGUGAGUCCGACGCCAGUGAGGAGGAUACCGACGAAGACGACGACGUCGAUGCCGAAGACGAGGUCGCCGUGAGGGACGACGGCGCGGCCGUGCCGGUGCAUCGAAAUGCCGCGGGGCUCAUCGGCGUCGCCGCUCUGCCACUUCAAGCGGAUGAUGGCGAGGAGGAGGAGAGAGAAGUUGUCAGGAAGAACCCGUGGAACACGCGGAAGACGAUACGAUCGAACGGCCAGCUGGUGUCCAAGGGACGCACGCCCACGCUCAAGAAGGUGGAGCCCAUCAGCGACGCGUCGGAGGACAGCGACGACGGAUUCGGCGAGGGCGAAGAUGAGCAGGAGGAGGAGUGGGAGAAGGAGACGUCGGAUAAGGGCAAGGACGCCCACGGCGACGACGGUGACAGCGAGAUCGGAGAGGAGGACGAUGAUCUGGAGGAGGAGAAAGAGAAGGAAGAGGAGAAGAACGAAAGCGACGACGUCAAGGUCUCGGGCAGCGAGAGCAAGAGCGAAAGCGACAGCGAAAGUGAAAGCGACAGUGGCGAUAGCGACAGCGAGGCCGAGGCCGAGCUAGAAGUCGCGCUCGAGAGCGAACAGAGCGAGGUCGAGGUCGAGGAGGGCGGUCGGCUGUGGGAGCGCGAGAAGGAGAUCAUCCUCCAGGACCUGGAGGAUGCCGAGCAGAAGAGCUUCAAGGAGUCCAUGCGCCAGCAGGCCGCAGCGGCCGCCAAGCAGAAGAAGCAGCAGCGGAAGGAGAAGGCCGACGGCCAGGACAAGGGCAAGGCCAAGAAGGGUAGCCAGCUCUUCAACGGGAAGGCCUCGCAUGAGAGCAGCUCCAGCAGCUCCGAUACCGACAACGGGGGCAAGGACGAUGAGUACUGGGAGACGGACGAGGAGGGCUCCGAGAACGACGAGGCCGGGUCCGGGUCGACUCACAGGGUGCGGAAACAGACGCUCUGGAGCUCCACCCCGACCACCUCGGACACCCUGCGCCUGCUGGCCUCCAGCGUGUCGCCCGAGAUCCUCGCCGACUAUGGCUAA